AUGGCCGCGCCCUCCCCGCAGCCCGCCAUCCUCGUGCUGGGCGGCACCGGCACCGUCGGCAGCCGCAUCGUCGAGCGACUCGCCUCCUCGCCCGAGGCACGCCAGUACGUCAUCCUCGCCGCAUCCCGCAACGGCGACCGCCUCAACAACAACAACAACAACCCAUCCCGAGUCCGGCACGUCCACUUCGACUGGCACAACCCCGGCACAUGGACCAACCCCUUCAUUUACGCUACCACCACCAACAGCAGCAGCAGGAACACCGCCGCCAACCCCCUCUCCUCUUCCCCAUCCGCUCCCCUUCUCGCAGCAGCAGCAGCAGCAGCAGGAGCAGCAGCAGCAGCAGCAGCAGCGGAACCAGCAGAAGAAGAACCCGCCCCGCCGGCGAUCCGCGCGGCCUACCUGAUCGCCCCGCCCGGCGCGCUCGACGCCGACCGGCGGCUGGCCGACUUCAUCGACCUCGCGCGCGCCCGCGGCGUGCGCCGGUUCGUGCUGCAGAGCGCGUCGGCGCUCGAGCCGGGGGGGCCGGCCAUGGGCCGCGCGCACGCGUACCUGUCUGAGCUUGCAGGGAAAGGGGGGGAAGGAAAAGGCGGGGUGGAGUGGGCUGUUUUGAGGCCGAGUUGGUUUCAGGAAAACUUCGCCACCCAACCAGCGCACGUCCGGGCCAUCCGUGACGAGAGCAAGAUCUACUCGGCCACGGGCGACGGCAAGAUCCCCUGGGUGUCGGCCGACGACAUCGCCGCGGUGGCGGUGCGCGCGCUGACGAAUCCGACGCCGCCGAACACCGACUACCUGGUUCUCGGGCCCGAGCUGCUCUCCUACGGCGAGAUCGCCGACAUCCUGACCGAAGUUCUCGGGAGGAAGAUCGUGCACGUUGAUCUCGCGCCGGCCGAGCUCGAGGAGCGCUACCAGGGCUUUGGCGUGCCCGGGGACUACUCGAAGAUGCUGACCGCCAUGGACACGUCCAUCAAGUUCGGGGCCGAGAAUCGCACGAACGAUGUGAUUCUGGCCGUCACGGGGUCUGCGCCGAGGAGAUUCCGAGACUUUGCCGAGUCCGCUAAGGGGGUCUGGCAGUGA